CGGCAGGCGGAGGGACGCCCUUCCCUUGCGAUGCGAAAAUUAAGGCAGCAGUCCUCCGGAGGAGCGUGGUGCUGUCAGUAGCCGUCACUGCGAAGGAACUGAGGGAAGGGCAGGGCGAGGCGAGGCGAGCAAUCAGAGAGGCAGCGGGCAGAGACUGACCGCGGUCAAGGUGGUGGGGGGCGCGGGCGGGCGGGCGGGCGGGCAGCGGGCUGCGGGCUGCUGUGCAUGACUGAUGUGCGCUAGGGGGUGUGGUGCGCUCGGGCAUGAUCUGGGCUCGCGCGGUGUGUUCUGAUUCGAUCGGUGAUCGCUUGCGACCUGCUCACGUCCCAGUCCCAGGUCUUGUGGUUUCGGAUUAUGAUUUUAUUCCUGCAGCGCGCAGCGAUUAGAUCAAGAGUUGCAGCAUCGGUGAUUACCUCUGCAAUCGUGCUGAAAGCGCAGGAGAGCGGAAAGUAGGAAGUCCACGGAAGAAAGUGAAGGCAGGGCGUGGGACGAGCUCCUGGGUCUUGGAUUUCUUUUUCUAGUGUUUUCUUCUAUUUGGUUCUCUGGUGGUUCGGGGUCACAGGUUUGUGAGAGGCUGUUCGAUGCGGAUGGACAGAUUUCUGUGGCAUUGCUGGUUGAUUUGAAAAUUAGCAUCGAAUGCCCCCGGAGAGUAGUGGCUUCCGACUCUUAUAGAAGUCGUGCGAGAGUGGGAGGGCAAUCAUGUGGAACACAAUUGCCAACUUCAAAGAUAACCUCACGCAGAUUGCUGCCGAUGUUUUGGACUCGGCGGACGAGCUCGAGUUAGACGGAUCUCCCCAUGGUGAGGAUGAUGGAUCGUUCGAUUCUCACCGGCCUGCUCCUCAGCGUGCUACCAAUCACUCGUACAAGGAUCCGAAUCUUAAGGCUGAGUUAGAAUGGUACAGGGGUGAAGUCACACGGCUUCAGACGGCUGAGUCGGAGAUACAACAGUUGUCCAUGAACUAUGUUGCUCUUUUAAAAGACAGAGAGGAAGAAUUGUCGAGAUUACAAGAAGAAAAUGGACUUUUGAAACAGAAGCUUUUAGUAUCUAGCUCCCAAGAUGGAGCGCAUGUGUCCGAGGCUGAAGGGCGAGACGGUCAGCUGGAAAAAACCAUUAAGAAUCUGGAAGCUGAAGUGGAAGCUAGUAAAUCACUUCAUGAGGAGCAUGUUGCUGCCUUACAAAAGGAUCAUCAGCGGCAGCUUGAAUUGCUGACUAUGCAACAUAGGAAGGAGCUUGCAUCUGCACAAUCUGUAAGAAGCACAGAUAGAGCUGAGACAGUUAAUCAUUCCAGGAGCAAUGGAGUUCUGCAGGCCCAGGACCCACAACUCCAAAAACUGAAGUCUGAAGUUCUGAAACUACAAGAAACAGAAAAGAAACUAUUGAUUCAACUCGUAGAGAAGGACGAAUUCAUGGAAAAGCUGAGGACUUCCGAAGCUGUAGCUCUAUCUGAAGUAAAACGAAUGGAGGAGAUUCUGAUUCAAGAGAAGGAGGCUGUCUCACAGAUGAACUUGCAGCCUCAAAGGGAUCGUGAUGUCUCCGAAACUGCUCUGAAGGAAGUUGAUUCGUUGAAACUCGAGUUACAGAAGGCAUCCGAGAGUAUGGACGAACUUCGAAGGAGACUAAACGAGCAAGAAAGCUUGCGAAAUGCAGCUGUGGAGGAAUUGAAGAUAGCUGUGGCCAGUCUAGAGAAGAACAAUGUAGAGCUUUUGGAAGAAAGGAGUCGCUUAUUGGGAGAACUAGAAGGCCUACAGAAACGAUCUAUAGAAAAUGUCUCGAAAGAUCCAGCUCAGAGGAAUGUAGAUGCCUCGAAAGAAGCCGCAACAGAGGUUCGCAGCCUGACCGAGCGACUGGAAGCAGCAGAGAAGUCAUGGGCAUCAGCUAAAUCGGAUUACGAGACGCAGCUGGAUAAAGCUCGAUCGGAGCGCGACAAGGCGACUCGGGACCUCGCUAGGCUAAAACAACAUCUUCUGGACAAGGAACUAGCAGACUCUGAGAAGAUGGAUCAGGAUAGUGAGCAGAUUGCCGAUCUGCAAGCAAGGGCAGAUUCGAAUCUUGCCCGCGCUUUACAUGCAGAACAAGCACUUUCCCAAGCGUUGUCGGAACUCUCCGAAGCUAAGCGACACAGUAAAGAGGAGUAUAGAAGAACAUCAGAAGAAAUCGAAGCUCUUCAGCACAAGUUGUCAAGUUGUCUUGCUGCUCUUGAAUCGAAGGACGUGGAGCUUUCAAAUCUUCAAAGCGCUCUCGGCCAGUACUAUGCUGAGACUGAAGCUCAGGAGCGCCUAUAUGUCGAGCUGAGUGCUUCUCGGGAAGAAAUAGCUACGCUUUCGCAACAGUUGCAGGUCGCGAGUCAGAAGAUUGAGGCGAAGAACGCAGAGAAGAAUUCUGCUCUCGAUAAGCUAGUGUAUGCAGAGCAGAGAAAGUUUGAAACCGAGCAGAAAAUGCGGAAGCUGGAAGAGGAAGUAAUGCGGCUGCGCAGAGCUCUUGAGCAGAGUAUGACGAGAUUGAACAGUUUGUCAUCGGAUUCGGACUACCACGUUGAUAGGCGAAUCGUCAUCAAACUUCUAGUAACGUAUUUUCAGAGAAAUCACAAUAGAGAGGUGCUUGAUCUUAUGGUGCGAAUGCUCGGGUUCUCGGAGGACGAUAAGAGACGAGUAGGUCUAGCUCAGCAAAACGCUGGCAGAGGAGUUGUUCGAGGUGUCCUCGGGCUGCCUGGUAGAUUCGUGGGUGGGCUCAUAGGGAGUGCAUCAGCGGACUCACUUUCUUUACCUACUCCAUCGGAGAAUCAGUCAUUUGCAGAUCUAUGGAUUGACUUUCUGCUCAAAGAAUCUGAAGAGAGGGAGAGACGGGAGAAAGCGGAGGCUUAUGCGAAAGCUGAAGCUGAGAAGGCGGGAGAUGGAUACAACAUUGCGUUUUCAAAUAGCAAAGUAUCAUCACCUUCUGAGCAUCUUGGGUAUAACUCGAAUGCGUCCGCCAAGGGAAGUAUGUCAACACCACCCUCGCCAGAACGUCCCGUGGGUCACAGGCCUAGUAACAGCUUCUCUGGUUUCUCGACUGGAUUUUCCUCCCCAAAAGGUUAUCCAUUUACAAUGGAUACGUCACCUUCAGGAUUAACGAAUGGGCCAGUCUUGGGUUCUGAAAACAAUGACGCGAUUGGGCAGGAAUUUUCCAGCAUUUCUCUUACGUCGUCUUCAUCAAACUCACUAUUUAGUCUUGGUCAUCCAAACGCAAAACUUCCCCCGAGGAACUGACUUUUUACCCUGUUAUGGUCUGUUCAUCACUUCAUCGUUCCGCUGAUACCCUUGUACUUAAUUGAUAUCCAGGUCUCCCAGGCUACAUUCCUUUCUGACCUAGCCAAAUGGAGCCAAAGUGUAGACUCAUUUAUAGCUAGUUAUAGCCUUACUCGAGCUGUAGAAGUAAUGACCCCCGGAAGCUCUCUCCCUCUUCCUUUGUUGUAUCGUUAGAGCAAAGCACAUCUAGUUUCAAAGAUCAGUCAGAGAGGCCUCGGGUGGGGGUGACAUUCUUGGAGAAAUUCAUUGUAUUUUCGGAGCCGUCUUAUGAUUCAAGAGAAAAAAAGAGCAGUAAAAUAACUUGUAUGCUGAUGGUGAACUCCAGUGAAGAUCUUCGAGUGUACCGCGUACAGUGAAUCUCUUUGUACCUUUAGAUCACAUGAGGAAAAGGUUUUUGAAAAGCAGCACCUCACCGGCUGUGAAUUUCAUAACUUUCCCAGGUGUUAGCAA